CUUAAAUAAAAGCAGCCACAAAGGGACAACGGACAAGGUUAAGUGGAAAUGGGAGAGUACCAGUCCAUGACAUUCACUCAUGGCCUCAUGGAAAGUGCUUUGAGAGAGAGAAAGAGAAGAAGCUUUUAGAGCGAGAGGGAGGGAGAGAACGCUUUCUGCCGCCUGCUGCACUCUGGAAUCAACAGUUCGUUCGCUGCCGUUGCGGAUGAGUUUUGGCGUGCUUUUGCUUAUGAAGUUAAGGCAAUCUGCAUCGGCCAUUGGACCCGUUUCUGCUGCUAGGGAACCCUAAUUCUGAAGUCCAGCCAUUGUGGAGAAUGCGCUGCCAAGGUCACUGGAAUUUCUGGAUUCAUGGUUUCUUCGUCUCUCUGCGUUUGCCAGUCUCGUUGGAGCGUCUUUUUCAACCAAUGAGUGCCCGAUCUUGCAUGGCUGGGUUUUGAUGACGGCAGCAACAUGUAGAACUGGUCAACGAAGGUUGUAAAUAAAUAGAACAGUAUUAACUGUAAGAGAUGUUACGUAACAAAGAAAUAGAGGAUUUAUGUGAUGACAACUUUGAAGGUUCUAAUGAUGAAAGGCAGAUUUUUACUGAGAUAUUUUUCAGUAAAGAUAGUGUUCAGCCUAGUCAGAGGUGUCUUGUUACUGGAGUCAUCAACUUUGAAUGUGAAUCUAGUAAAAACACAAAUAUUUCACUCUGCUCUAGCAAUGAAAACUCAGUCACAAGAAGCCCCUCUUCUUCAAAAGUUACACAUUCUGAGGAUGAUUGUGACGUGAUUCAGACUUUGAAAGGGACUGCUCUUGGUUGUAUGCCUGAUAGAUUCAAUUAUGAAGGCCCAAAUCAUGAGGAUGUAAAUGUCAAACGCAUGAAAUUUUCCCUGCAUGAACUUCCCUAUAGAUCCAAUUUCAAAAAGGUUUUGAGUUCACCAAAACUUUCAAAAGAAUAUGUCACUGACAUGGCUGGUGCUGCUAUAGACUUUGAUAGUAAACCACUUUCACUUCGUUUAGUUGAAUCGUCAAAGCAUGGUGUGAUAUCCAGUUGCUAUCUGUUGAAGCAUAGCAUGAUGCUGAACAAAAAAAGAGGUAAGGAUGAUGUAGAUGUUUCAAAUUGUACAAAAACCACUGUGGAUGGAAAUUUGGCCAAAGAAGUGUCUACAAGUAAAGCGGCUGCUUCUCCUGUUUCCCAAGAGAGCUUUGCAAAUAAGCUUGUAGUAACAAGUCCAUUUAUCACUGCUAUGGAGAAAUCUGGAUCUCAUUUCCAAUUUGAGGAGAUACCCAAAGGAUUUUUAUCCUAUGAUUUGGAUAAGUCAAAUUUAUCAUUGACACCAGACCUUAAGAAGGACCCCCGUGAUUUAUUGCAUCACCGUAGCGUGCAGUUGCUUAUGAUGGCUGGAUGGUCUAUGGAGAAGCGUAAGAGACCUUGUAGACGCUACUUUGAGUCUAUUUAUUGGACGCCAGAAGGAAGGCCAGUCCGUGAGUUUAUAAAAGCUUGGAGGUUAUGUGGUCAGUUUUUGUCAGUCGACAAAUACAGUUCAAUGCAGGAUAGUUGUAAAGAAUGGGCUGAUUUUGGCCAAUUCUGGUCUGAUCUAUCCCAUGCACUGAUCAAUGUUGAAAAGGAAAUAAACCAGUCAGAGUCUGCUGCUAUGUUAGCUUAUCAAUGGUGUCUCCUGGAUCCGUUUGUAGUUGUAAUUUUUGUUAAAAGAAAGAUUGGUGCACUGAAAAAGGGGGAGCUAGUGAAGGUGACUCGAAGUAUAGUUUCUAGAAAUUAUAGGAUGGCAUGUACACCCAAAAGUUCAGCUUGGGAGGAUUCUCCUGCAAUUCCAUUUGAUCUGAAACAUGGGUCAGCUUUUCUUUUUGAUUCUGCUACUGCCACUCAGAGCAAACUAACAACAUCUUCGCUCAAUUACCGUGCCCGUAAUCAGAAAACUGGGGAUGGAAAUAACUUAGGAUAUGAACAGACAAUUAAUGGGAUGAUAAAACUUCCAGUAUUUGAAUGUAAUGGUAUUGGUGACAAGGAAGAGAUGUACUUAGAGCACAACACUGACAGCACGGUGAAUCAAUGUAGGAAAGUGUCUGUAUAUGAAAGGAGCAGACUUGGAAAAGGCUUGUUAACUGAUGAUGAGAUGGGUUUUACUGGUACACAGUCCAGUGCUUGUACUUCCAAUGUUACUACAACUUCUGGAAAUUCAAAUCAGGCAUUUAGGGGGCUUAAAAUAAACACUUGUCUGGAAAGUAAUGUUAGAAAUUUUGAAAGCUCUGAUGAAAAGUACUUGGAAAAUUUGCUGGAAACAGAUAAGAGAGUAGCUGGGGAUGUGCCAAUGGACAAGGCAGAGGAAAAGGAUCAAUCAGAUGGCGAAGUUCAGGAUUGUUAUGGAAGUCAUCUGCGGGAAUCCCUGAAUAGAUAUCCACAAGGAGCAAGAGAUGGCCUGGUUCAUUGUCAUGCCUCAGAGGGUGUUCAACAGUCUGAAUAUGUUGAGGAAGGGUGUGGACAAAGCUCAAGAGCUUCGGUGCUUGAGACAGACAACACAUGUUCUACCCAUGAUGUUAUUCUGAAAAAGAAGAUACAGAGGAAGUGUAAAAGGGUAUCUGAAAUUAAACUUAAUAUGCUAUAUGAAAGUGACAUGAUGGGUUUUACAGUUACAGACGACGCCCUAUUACCAAGUGGUGGGGUAUGUGGUACUCACUUAGGAUUUGAAGAGGGUGAUCAUGUAGCUGAUGAUGCAGAGGAUGGAGGAGCCUGUGGUAAAGUAUCAUCAAUCAGUUUGUUCCAGCAACAACAUAUUGGGAGUACAAAUGCAAAGUUUAGAAAGAGCUGUCAUAACUAUGACCCUAUAACUGAAAAACCAAAGUCUAGUGGAUGCCAGAUUGCAGAUGAUGACCUGUUGGUUUCAGCUAUUUUUAAGAAAACUGGUUUCAUCUCAAAGACAGCUCGAGAUCAAUCUAAAUCUAAAUCCUGCAAAUCAAAAGCUCAGAGAAAGCUGAGGAGGCAAAAGGGUCACUGCAGGUUGCUACCAAGGAACCUUGGCAAUGGGGGGAAGCGCCUUAAGGAAGGCAAGAGGUGUUAUCUUGGGGCAAGAACAGUGCUGUCAUGGUUGAUUGAAAAUGGGAUCAUAUCUUUAAAUGAUGUGAUUCAAUACCGAAGCCUUAAAGAUAAUGCUGUCAUUAAGGAUGGUAGGAUUACCAGGGAUGGUAUUAUAUGUACGUGUUGCAAUAAGUUGCUUACAUUAUCUGAGUUCAAGUUUCAUGCUGGGUAUAGAUUGGAUCGCACCUGCUUGAACCUUUUCAUGGAGUCUGAUGAGCCCUUUACAUUGUGCCUGCUUCAAGCUUGGUCUGCUGAAUACAAGGCCAGGAAAAGUGGGAAUCAAACUGUAAAAGUUGAUGAUGACGAUGGUGAUAAAAAUGAUGACUCAUGUGGAUUGUGUGGUGAUGGCGGUGAGUUGAUAUGCUGUGAUAACUGUCCAUCAGCUUUUCAUCUUGCUUGUUUGUCCACUCAGGAUAUCCCUGAAGGCAACUGGUACUGCACAAACUGCACUUGUGGGAUUUGUGAGAAUUUUGUCAAUGAUAAAGAGGCUUCUGGUGCUUGUGAUGCAUUGCAGUGUUUACAGUGUGAGCAAAAAUAUCAUGGAAAGUGUCUGACUGGAGGCGGUAAACCAGAAGGGGAAGUUUCUGGCAGUUGGUUUUGUGGUGGACUCUGUCAAGAGGUAUACUCUGGUCUUCAAUCUCGGGUUGGACUUGUUAAUCAUAUUGAUGAUGGCCUCUCAUGGAUGCUUCUUAAAUGCAUCCGGGAUGACCAAAAGGUUCAUUCUGCCCAGUGGUUUGCCCUCAAGGCGCUAUGCAAUACAAAAUUAGCUGUUGCCCUUACCAUCAUGGAGGAGUGCUUUUUGUCAAUGGUGGAUCCUAGAACAGGCAUAGACAUGAUACCCCAUGUUUUAUACAAUUGGGGGUCUGAUUUUGCUCGACUGAAUUUUCAAGGGUUUUAUACUGUGGUAUUGGAGAAGCAAGAUAUCUUAAUUUCUGUUGCAUCUAUCAGGGUGCAUGGAACUACAGUUGCAGAGAUGCCACUUAUUGCAACUUGCAGUAGGUAUCGUCGGCAGGGAAUGUGCCGACUCCUUGUGAGUUCAAUUGAAGAGAUGUUAAUAUCUGUCAAGGUAGCAAAGCUUGUGAUAGCAGCCAUUCCAGAUUUAGUGGAGACUUGGACCAAGGGUUUUGGAUUCAGACUUGUAGGUGCUGAUGAAAAGCAGAAACUGAACAAAAUAAACUUGAUGGUUUUUCCUGGGACUGUGUUACUUGAAAAACCCUUGUUCAAGGAAGAUAAAACAGAAGAUGACCCGGCCAAAGUAGGUGUGUAUUGUAAAGGAAUGGAGAUGGCCGAAUCAUUGCAGCAAGAUGUUGGAGACACCUCUGCAGAUGAAAUUGGUGCUAAGUCUGACGCUGAACAUGUUUGCAGCGAGAAUGACCCAGAUUACAGAAUUGAAUCACUGCAGCAGCAUGUCCAAAACAAUUAUACUGAUGAACUUAGUGCUAAGUCAGAAACAGAACAUGUUUGCAGCAAGAACUUCGCAGAUUACAGAGCUGAGUCAUCAUUAGGAUUGAAAGAAACGGCAGAUCGGAAUACCUAUUUAAGCGGAGAGAAGAUCAUGGGCCUUGUAAAGCAGUGUGAUGACUUGCAGAAAUAUAUCAAAGUGAAAAAUAUGCACGAAUUGAGAAACAGCGCCAAACUGGAAGCCACAAAUGAGUCCGUACAGCACUCUAGUGAGAACUGUUGCACUAACAGAGAUGGUACUGAAAUUGAGAAAAGGAAUAUCAAGGCUGGUGAAGGUCACGAGAAUGGCUUGCGGGGCCCCUUUUUGCAGAAGUCCUGCAAGCCAGUAUUAGGCAACAAUUUUGACGUGGAUUCCAUAAUUGAAUCCUCGGGGAUGUAUGAUGAAACACAACUUUCUUUGCAACAGAGUUCGCAGGAAGCAUGUGAGAUAAUGAAUGAAUGAAAAUCAGAAAGGAAUUAGUUGUUCAGAGAUAUGGUAUGUUAUUCUGAUGGUACUUAUGGGUCAGCACUCCGUGGUGCACCUUGGGAAAAUUUGACUGCAAAGGAAAACACAAGUUUAAAGACUGUGACCCCAUUACGCAUUCAGCAUAAUUAAGUCUAGCAUGCGGUUAAAAAAUAGAAAACUGCAUCGGAGUCUUGACAUGAGGUGAAUCUGGAUCCUCUCCAUUCUUUUCUUCUCGUUUCAUCUCGAUAUUUGUGUUUACUUGGCUUCAAGACUAAAUUGAAAGAUGAAAUCUUACAAAGUUCUUUGUAA